GGAAAACGGACUGCUUUCCCUUCGGCGAUCAUAUCUCUGCUCCUCCAACUCCGCCCGCGCUAUGCGCGGCGGCAACCGCAGCAUCACUCGGAGUCCAAACCCGGCGCUUUUAGGACCGCGAAGAAAGCAACGGGACACCUAGGGGGAACGGCUGGGCGCGACCACGUUCUCCAGCAGGGUGAGGCGGGCUGUAUUAAAAGCCGACCUUCUCCGAAGUUCUCCUUGUCUUCCGCUUUGUGCGCAGACACUUCCUCUCUCGUCUCCCUCCCUCUUGCCGAGGGUCGAAUGGUAGUUCCCAGCCUAGGACUGACUAUCAGCCAAAUGAAGUAGCGCUUGCAAGCUGCUACCCAAGGUAUCCUCCAGAGCGGCUGCAAAGGGAGGAGGUAGCAGCUGUCGCCGCCGCCGCCGCCGCCGCCGCCUAUCCAAGCCGGUCGCCGCUACUGCUGGGCGUGCGGCUCCGGCUCUUGCCCACCCGAACUCUUUGGAAAGAGACUGUGUGGGGCGCGGCGCGCCCCGCAGCCCGCCUCCCCGCCGGGACAAAGCCAUGAAGCAGGCGCUCCUGGAAGUAAUGAGGAUGAACAGGAUUUGUAGGAUGGUUCUGGUCACUUGCCUGGGAUCUUUCGCCCUGGUCAUCUUCUAUUUCCAAAGUAUGUUGCAUCCAGUAAUACGUAGGAAUCCAUUUGGGAUGGACAUCUGUUGCCGGAAGGGGUCACAAAGUCCACUGCAGGAGCUCUACAAUCCGACCCAGUUGGAACUAUCCAGCACAGCCAUUCUUCAUCAGAUUCGGAGGGAUCAAGUGACAGAUACAUGCCGAGCCAAUAGCAUGUCCAGCAGAAAGCGCCGUGUGCUGACACCCAAUGACCUCAAACAUUUGGUGGUUGAUGAGGAUCAUGAAUUGAUUUAUUGCUAUGUACCCAAAGUGGCCUGUACCAACUGGAAGAGAGUCAUGAUGGUCUUGACUGGGAGGGGCAAAUACAGUGAUCCAAUGGAGAUACCAGCCAACAAAGCCCACAUCUCAUCCAAUUUGAAGACACUCAACCAGUACAGCAUCCCAGAGAUCAACCAUCGCUUGAAAAACUACAUGAAAUUCCUGUUUGUCCGUGAGCCUUUUGAGAGACUGGUUUCAGCCUAUAGAAACAAAUUCACCCAGAAAUACAACACCUCCUUUCACAAGAGAUACGGUACCAAAAUUGUGAAACGCCAAAGGAAAAAUGCAACCCAAGAGGCCCUGCAUAAAGGUGAUGAUGUGAAAUUUGAGGAGUUUGUGGCUUAUCUCAUAGACCCGCACACCCAAAGAGAAGAACCCUUCAAUGAACACUGGCAAACUGUCUACUCGCUGUGCCAUCCUUGCCACAUCCAUUAUGACCUCAUAGGGAAAUACGAGACACUUGAAGAGGAUUCCAACUAUGUUCUUCAGCUUGCAGGAGUAGGAAACUAUCUCAAGUUCCCCACCUAUGCAAAGUCUACAAGAACUACUGAUGAAAUGACCACAGAGUUCUUCCAGAACAUCAGCGCAGAGCAUCAAACACAGCUGUAUGAAGUCUACAAACUUGAUUUUUUAAUGUUCAAUUACUCAGUGCCAAGCUAUCUGAAGUUGGAAUGAGGAGUGGAGAGAAAGAAAGAGAAAUAUGAAACCUAUUUUAUUUAAGAUUUUUAUUUGUCACAAUUGCUUAUGAAGAAUGGGGUUAUUUUGUAAGUUAAUUUUUUUUUUGAAUGAUGCUGCGAGCAGCACAGUUGGAAAUGUAUUAUUUAAAUUGUCAGUAAGAAAGGACAGCUCUGUUUGAAGGGUAAGAAAAUGGUGGUGACUGUAGCUCUAGGGGUGACUAGUAAGUGCUACGCCAUGUGGGGAAGAAAAGUGUUGUUUGUAUCCUGAUGAAUUUCUUUUCUUUUGCAUUCUUCUUCAAUCCUAGCCUUCAUGUUAUUUAUGCUUAUUUAAGAACACAAUAGAUUCCUUGUUAGAAGCUGAAAUAUGACACUGUAUGGACAAAGAAAAA